AAGCCUUGAAAAAUGUGAUUUAGAGAUUCUUACUCUUGCUGAAUGCAAGGACACAGAGGACCAGAUCCUGAACUUCUAUAAACAGAUCGAUUUCAAUAAAGUUACAGCAGUUGAUAUCAAAUGAAGAUCUGGCCUUCACUUUAUGGGAUACUCUCUUGAGCUGCUGGAUGGAACUGACACUGGAGAGAGCCUUGACGUCAGCACAGCUGUGCAGAUUUUGUCAGUGGAUUUACCACCCUUCUCCCCCACCAUUCUUUUCUGCACUGUUUCCAAAAUUUCAAAUUCAAAAUCUAGGCAGAAAUGUUCCUGUCCUAUCUGUUCCAUAUCCCCGCCCUCAUUAGUUCACUUUAAAGGGAGUAAAACAUCUGUUUCCAAGUACAGCUGUGUGGAAAUGCACAUGGCAUUGGAGUGUCUACAGAAAGGGAACUUUGGCACAGAACACAGUGUUGAAUCCAGCAGACUUACUGAUUGGGGUCAUGUCGGUCAAACUCACAUUCGUCUCUUCUGGUGAUGGAGGUGGUAUCAGUAGGAGUUGUUCCUUCACUGGAUUCAGCACUGUGCAGAGCAGAAAAUUAGCAAAGUCUCUCAGCAGAAGCUCAGUAAGAUCAAGAAUGUCAUUGAAAUCCCCUAAGGCUUAUUCUUCACUGCAGAAAGGGGCAGUCAUCUGGGAUCCAAAACCACUGCAGGUGAAGAAAAUUUUUGAAGCUUUGAAGAAAGGACUUAAUGAGUACCUAGAAGCACAUCAGGCUGAAUUGGAUUAUCUUUCUGAUCGACACAAAGAUACAAAAAGGAACUCCAGAUUGGCCUUCUACUAUGACCUUGAUAAGGUAAGCACUCAAAUUCGCUCUGUGGAGAGAUACAUUAGAAAACUGGAAUUCCACAUAAGCAAAGUAGAAGAACUCUAUGAAGCUUAUUGUAUCCAGUGCAGACUACGAGAUGGCGCCACUAAUAUGAAACGUGCCUUUUCCUUGUCUCCUUCCACCAAAGCCUCCAGGGAGAGCCUAGUGGAGCUCUAUAAGAACUUUCAGGAGUGUACAGAGGACAUGUGCUUCAUAGAAGGGGCGUUAGAGGUCCAUUUAGGAGAGUUUCACUUGAAGAUGAAAGGCUUGGUGGGAUUUGCACGUCUCUGCCCAGGUGACCAGUAUGAGGUUUCUGUGCGACUGGGGCGCCAAAAAUGGAGGUUGAAAGGCAAGAUCGAGACUGAUGACAGCCAAACGUGGGAUGAAGAAGAAAAGAUCUUUAUACCCAAUCUCCAUGAGCAGUUUGAAAUCAAGGUGACAGAACUGCGAGGACUGGCCACAGUUCUAGUUGGUGUCGUGACAUGUGACAGCAUAAACUUCUUUACAGCCAAGCCUCAAGCAAUCAUUGUGGAUAUAACUGAACUGGGCACUAUCAAGCUACAGCUGGAAGUCCUCUGGAAUCUUUGUAUCUUCUGCUACAGCCCCUUUGAUGCAGAGAACCUGUUCCUGUCGCCUGGAACCACAUCCAAGUUUUCUGUGGGUAGCAGGAAGAGCUCUCUGUACAACUGGACCCCUCCAAAUACUCCCAGCUUCAGAGAGAAGUACUACCUGUCUGUUUUGCAACAAAGACAGAACCAAGGGGAUGUAAGUGGUGAAGCUCAGCCUCCUAGCAUAUUGAGUUACUUGGCUGCCUGUGAUUUUGGUACACAUGAGAGAAGUAAACCUCACAGUCCUGCAGAGACAAGUGAAGGAGACUCGUUCAGCUCUGACGAUCAGAGAGGGACAGAAUCCAGAACUACACUUCCAGCUCUAGACCAUAGGACACUGCCAUUGAUGAUUAUUCAAGAGACUUGUGCAGAAGAGCAAAAGCCUCUUCCAAAUCAUGCAACUCUAGAUAUUCUGAAGAAGACUCCAUGUGUGGACACAUUUUCAAGUAACCCAUCUAGUUUCCUGAGUCGUGGAAAAGGCGGUAGAAGUUUAAACCAGACCAGAAGUCGCCAUCUGACAGAACAAGAAAGCAUUAGCCAGAGAAGCUUGAAUGCUGCAAAUGAUGUAAAACUGGAUGGAUGUACAAAGUCAAUUGACAAGACUCUCCAAGAAGUGUUCAAUUUGCUAAAAUUCCAUGGUGUUGGUCAAGCCCUGCUGGAGAAAUUGGAAUACCAAGUUUUAACUCUGAGGGAUAAAUUAAAGCUAAGGACACUUCAUCACAAACAUUCAUCUGUGGAAAGUUUAAUGGUGGAGACGGUGCUGGAAAGUUUUAACUUCUUAAAUGCUGACUGUAGUGCUGAUGAGGUUUCAUUAUUUGGAAGCAUAAGAACAGCCAGUAUCAGCAGCACGUACAAUGACAACACGUUUCAGUCCCUGAGCUGUGAUAUGAAAACAGAAACAAGAGAUGUAACUACUGGAGAUGACAACUUAGAUGUACUUUUAAUAACUCAUCUGAAGCUGUGCAAAGCUCUUCUGCAGAAACUGAGGUCACCAAAUGUAGCCCAGAUCAUCCAAGAGAAUGUUUUGGAAGAAGUGUCAGAGCAGUUGCGAGUCCUGGGGGAUGUCUUGGAUUUGUCUGUUGAAGAAAUUAUUCAGAAGACUAAGAAGAAGAAGCACUAUCUGAAAAUCUGGAGUGAUGUUGCAGAACCUGGCAGUAUCUUCUUUGCUUCAGCAGAAAGAUUCCGUCACGUACUGAAGUACACGUUGGCAGUCAAAGUGAAGGAAAAGUACCCUGGCCAAUUAGAAGCAGUUUUGCGAAGACUGCUAGAGCAGAUCGUCACCUGUGAUGGCUUGCUGCCUUCUCCAUAUCUCCAAACAGAACCAGUUACUUUAUUCCAAUUUUACAGCUACCUGGAGAAACACCGGAUUACAAGCCUGGAAAAACACGUAGGAAGACUUGCUAAAGAAGUGAUGCUAAUUGAGGAGCUACAGUGCCCUGGACGGCUGAAGACCCUUAAAAAAUUGAAAGGGAAGCGUCUGAAUCGGCUCCAGCCUCUACCGCAGACUUUGCAGCUACUUGGGAUUUUACAGAUUGAUGACAACCACCGCGUCAGCAAAGCAGCCACAUCCUGCCUCUCCCGUGCAGCAGCAAACAAGAACUUUAGGGAAAAGGCUCUCCUUUUUUACACUGAUGUUUUAGUUGGCUGUGAUACAAGACUUCAGCAAGCUGCGUGUUUGGCCCUUAAAAAUCUCAGAGGCAUAGAGAGUAUUGAGCAGGUUGCCCACCUGUGCCAGUCUGAAACAGAGGAUGUAAGGAAUGCAGCCAGGGAAACAACGUUGUCCUUUGGUGAAAAGGGACGACAAGCCUUUGAGAAAAUGGACAGGAUUUGCUGUGAAUUGAGGGAUGCUGUGCAGCAGGAGGCUGAAAUUGAGAUCACAGUAUUCUAGUAGUGGAGUAUAAGGAGCUAAGUCAUUCUUUCCUCACAGCUACUUAUGGGUACCCAAGGGUUUACUUUUGUUGCUUAUCAGCAUCUUUACUUUCACUCUGCUAUGUACAUGCUGCCUACUGACAGUAGUUUUGUUUCCAAGGUGGACACAGUUUGCAAUCUAAAUCAAAUAGACUGGAAUCUUUGUUUUUUAUUCUCACUUUCAGUAUUGAUAAUCUGAAAUGCUGAAGAAAAAAACAAACUGGGGUCCGUAAGAAUGUCAAACCAGGCUGCAGCAUGAUUGAAGCCUACGUCACAGAACUGGCUGCGCCCACACAAACUCAGUUGUGUGCCAUCUGUUCUGUUUGCAUUUCUGCAAAGAAUGAAAUGAUGGUGCUCCAAUAAUCCAUCUAGAACCUUGCUGACAGCCAGUUGUUUACAUCAGCUGCCAUGUGAAUUAGAAAAUCUAGCAGUAUUGCUUGCUGGUUUCUCUUUUUUUAAUAGAAUUUUGCUGCACAAGGAACAAUGGCUCCUUGUUUCAAAAGCUUUUUUUUUUUUUUUUUUUUUUUUUAAAUCAGUGCAACGUAGGACAGGCUUCUUGAGCAGGGAUUGGCAAGGACAAAUAGUGUAUACCCUCUGCAGCUGACAAAGGGAAGUUAUCAUAUUAGCCAUGUACAAAUCAGACUGCCAUACAGACGGAGCUGUGUAAGCUUUUUAGGAAAAAAAGCAUUUUCUUCCUUUAGCCAUAGGUCAAGGUUUGUAUAAUCACAUGCCCACUGCCAGGCUCCUUACUCUCCGCUUAGUGCAGGAGAAAGUGGUAACCAUGAUGUGAAGUCUGGCUACAGGUAAAAUACUUGAAAAGGCCUGUGUGUAUAUAUUUUAUAUAUAAUACUUUUUCUAUUCAGUAUUUAUUUGUUGGAUUUCAUACUUUCUGGACUUCUAAUAAAACUUUUGAGACAAA